GCAUACGUAUUUUGGAUUUGCUUUAGUAUUUCCCAAACGAUCUGCUGCAGAGCUUUUCUAACCAGCCACUUGGUACAUCGAACUCAAAACAGGCAACUUCGAAAAGAGGUACCGAGUCUGUUACAAAAGUACGCAUCCGAAAGGACAACGACAAACGGAAAAACAACUCGAGCGAGAAGAAGAACGUCCUCUGCCAUGGCGACCAGUUCCGACAACCAAACAGACCUUAGCAGGAACCAUCUCUUUAAAAUAAGAACGAUCACAGCAUUUGUGAGCUUGAAGGAUUCCGAUUUUCAUCACGAUGCGGUGGCACUGAAAUCAAAACUCGAAACUACGUCGAGAGCCCUUGAGAUGGCCCGACAGCAAUUAGAGGGAAAGAGCAGUGGCAGCGGCUACGAAAUCCAAACACUGAGGGUUGCCACGAAUCCAUUUCCCGAAUAUCUUCUUGGAAGUGAUAGUAGUAGCAAGACCGCAUGCGAUGAAGCUGUCGUUCGAGAGCGAUUGAAAGUGUUGGACGACUGCUUUGAGAAACACGGAAUCGCAUUUGUAUCCCUGGGCCCUGCCUGCAGCCAAGAAACCGUCGAGGUCUGCACGAGAAUCGUCGAUUUUUCGGGGCGCUUUUCUUGCUCGGUCCAGCUGGCAUCCAACGACGUUGCCCUGGCCAGGGUUUCGGCCGAAACCAUCCUGCGCAACUCGAAACUGGGAAAUCCCGAGGACGGUGGCCUGGCAAAUUUCCGAUUUUGUGUGGCCAACGUCAAGCCGUACAUUCCCUUUUUUCCUGCCGCCAAGGCAAGGACGGAGGACGACGAAACUUUUACGAUCCGUUUCGCAAUCGGUUUGGAAAACGGGGCACUGUUGAAGGAUCUCUUGGAGAAGGACGCAGGUCGAACCAUUGCAAAUAUUUUGCCCCCGAAAACCUUGUCGCCCGCCAGCGGCAGCAGUUUCGCGGCGGGAUUCGCCGAAUCGGUGCGUCCGAUCCAAAGCAUCUGCGACAACCUUGUGAGGGAAUGGGAUGGUUCGUCCGCUGCUCUGGAAUACAUUGGAUUGGAUGCCUCCUUCAACCCGUCCCUGGACGAAGAAGGCAGCGUCGCUUCCGCGGUCGAAGCACUGGACGAGGUCUCGAGGGGAUUUGGCGGAGUCGGGACCAUCGCCGCUACGGCCGCCAUGACCACGGCAAUCCAGACCAAGCUGCCGAGCGAGGAGGAGGGUUUCGGCAUCAAGAUCACCGGGUACAACGGCCUGAUGCUUCCUCUCUGCGAAGACAAACGACUGGCCCAGCUGGCCACCGAAGGCAAGCUGCGGAUGACCGAUCUCCUGAACGUUAGCAGCGUCUGUGGAGUCGGCAUCGACACGGUCCCCAUACCGGGCGAUGCCAGUGUCGAGGAACUAACUUCGUUGUUGCUGGACGUGGCAGGACUGGCCGAGCGCUGGAACAAGCCCCUGAGCUGCCGGGUGUUUCCCGUUCCAAACAAAACAGUCGGGGAGAUGACCACCUUUGAUUCUCCGUUUCUGGUGAACUCAAAGAUCUUGCCUGUCUCGUCGUAGGAACUCGAUACAUUCAUAAAAAAGUUUAAAAUUACGC